AUGCUGAAAGAGACUGGAUUAUCUGAUGAGGUAGCAAUCAGGAUAACAAAGAGAUACAAGGAGUAAUCUUAGACUUUAGAGAAACUGACUCAAAUAAUGGAGGGAUUAUAAAAAUAUAGAAAUGAGUUCAAAGCAAACAGACAACCUAAGUAUAAACUGAAAUUCAGAGAGGGUUCCCCAGAUUAAAUUUCAUUUUCAAAAGACGAUCCCAGUAGUUUUAGCAAAUAGUCAUUAGCAAUUGAAAAUGCUGAUGUAUUUUCAUAAAAAGAUUCUCAGAGAGGGCAUUAAAAGACUGUAAAUAAAAGGGUAUCAAAGAAAAUAGAGGAAGAUUAUCUAUUAGAUAGCAGUAGGGAGCAUACUAAUCAUAACAGGUCUCCUUAAAUUUAGAUUGAACUCAAGGAUAUUAUUGCUUAGAAGUCUAGGAGUAACUAAAGGAACGUGCAAUAUCGUAAAACAUCAGAAAAUAUUGGAAGUAACAGGCAACAUCAAGCUUUCUUAUCUAUUGGAGGUGCUGAGUUGAAAACAGUAAAAGAUACAAUGUUUAUUUCUAAUGAUAAAAGAAAUAUUGACUAGGUAGAAAACUUAUACUUUACAAUGAAUAAUGAAGACAAUGAAGAAUUGCAAAUUAGAACGCCAAAGAAUCCAGAGGUUGUAAGUAACAAGUUUAUAAGAAAAGAUCUGAUGAAAUACAAUAGACUGAAAAAGAGAGAAUUAACACCCUUAUAAGAUGACGAUUAUCAAGUAAAAUCUUUGCUUAAGUAACAAAAGUAAAAAUCUAAUAACAAAAUUGAAUAGUAGGAGCAUUUCAAAGUUAGGUUCAAAUUACCUGAACUCUCUGGUAGUUAUACUAAAAGCAAGUCUAAUAGCAUAAAUCCGAUUUUAGAAUCUACUAAUUUAAAAAACUAAAAUUCAGAUAAAAAUGACUCACUUACCAAUAUCAUAGAUAUUACUUCCAAAAGAGAAUAUCAUUCAAAACCAUAAACUAGAUAAUAAGAUACAGCUAAUAUAGACUUAAAAUAGCUCCAAGUUGAAAAAUUCUUUGAUUCUGAUUAAAAUACACUGAGAGAUAGAGAUAGCAGAAGAAAUAAGCAUAGAUUUGUUGAUACCAUUGUCAGAGUAAACCAAUCGAUUUCCAGUGAACAAAAUUACGAUAGAAGUCUCAUUUCUUAGUCUAGAAGAAAUCAUCCUUAGCUGUAGUCUGUAGAUUUUUGGAAAGCUUAAAUAUCAAGGCUCCCUGAAAAAUCUUAAUUCCCAAUGACUUCGAAAAAGAUUGAUAAUAAGCUUUUGCACAGUGUUGAUUUGAGUUUUAGACCAGCUAUAGAUAAAAUUGGAGUUAAGUUUAUUUGA